ACUCCCACUGCCAUUCUCCCCUUCCCCCCUCCCCCCGGCCGGGAAAGGAGAAGUGCGAGAGGAGGAAGAAGAAGCCUCUCCGUGCUGUCGAACGUUUUCUCUCCAUUGCCCCCGGGGAAAAUGGAAGAUUAGCCGAGAAAAAAAAAUCCAGGCUCCGGGCCUUGUAUAAAUACAAGAACCCCACCCCACCGCCCAAGAACCGCAGAAUCGAGCAGACGCCUUUCCGGGGUUUUCCCUCCCGGGCUUGGUUUGCCCCCCCCCCCCCCCCCCCCCCCCCGAUCCGGGCGGCGGUUUCCGGCGACAGUUUCUAGUCCGUCUCUCGGAGUGGUUUCGUUGAUAGAUAUCCGUGUGUGCUCUUCCUUCUUCGUUUUCGUUCCCAUUCGUCUCGUCGAUCGGAGGCUUGCGUUCCUGCGUCGCUGGGAGGCAGAGCGGGUGGAAGCUUUGAGUUCUGAACUUCUGAUCGAAUCCGAGGCCGGAGCAAUGCGGAGGUGGUAGGAGCGGCCGGCCAUCGCUGCCGGGUUUGAUCCAUCCAAGGAGGAGGCUGCUUUCUGGGACGCCAUGCUGCCCAACAGAUCGAGGAGAGCGGUUGGUGGCGGUGCCAAGCAAGGAGGAGGAGCAGGCGGCCUCGUGGCUGAGCCCCCCGCGGCCACGGCCGCCCAAUCGCCGAGGCAUCCGUCUUCUUCCGUCCCCGUGUUCCCGUCCCCGAGGCCGUUCAUGGCGAUGGCGCUGCCCCAGGCGGGGCUCCUGGACGGCUCCACUGAGGGCCCCUCGUCGGCCAUGAGCCCCACCUCCAUUCUCGAGACCAAGCAGUUCUGCUGCUCCGCGCUGCCCCCGUUCCUGUCGGAGCGGAGCCUCAGGCGGGCGCACCACGUGGACGCGGCUGUCGCACCGGAGCCUGCCGGCGUCGGCCUCGCUGACGUGCUCCGGGACCACGGGGGCGCCAAGCUCGGCGGCGGCAAGGUGGUGUUCGGGUCCCAGCUCAGGAUCCAGGUCCCCUCCGGCAGGGCCGUCGAGCUCGUGUCCUCCCCGAUUGAGUUCGGCGUCAAGAACCGGGACGCGCAGCUGGCCGUGCUGUCGCCCGCCAGGAGGUUCCUGCCGGAGGUGGUCAGCUCGCCGUCCGCCAGGGUUUUCGCCGGGGCCGUGGCGCCCGGGGAAGUGGCCAUGUCGGAGGACUACACCUGCGUCAUCUCGCGGGGCCCCAACCCAAGGACCAGGCACAUCUUCGACGACUGCAUAGUUGAGAGCUGCGGGGAUGUGCUCGUCGGGAAGAUGGACAAAGGCGCCGGCGCUGCUGAUGACGGCGGCGCGGCUGUGGCGAGUGGCUUCUUGAGCUCUUGCCACGCAUGCAACAAGCAACUUGGGCACGGCAGUGACAUCUUCAUCUAUCGUUCAGAACAUUACUGCCAGUUUUCAGCUACUGACACUAGAAGUCUUGAAGAACUAGUCGCGAGGUGACAAAGCAUUCUGCAGCAGUGAGUGCCGGUACCAGGAGAUGCUUUUCGAUGAAGCAGUGGACAAUUUGCGCUAGAUGAUGAUCGAAAAGAGGAUGUUAGUGGAGGAGAAGGCAUGAUGAUCCUGAAUAACCGAGACAUUUUUUUUUGCUUCUUUUUUCUUCCUUUUUGUUGUGUCACCUUUGCGAGAUUGCAUGCUGUUUUUGGUCAUGGAGGAGGGAAUGAUUUAGUCUUUUGCGGAUUAAAGACCUUUGUCGCCCACUUUUGAUCUGGACUUCUUGUUCAUGCGACUUUCCUGGUUAGUUGCAAGUUCUGAUGCUCCUGUUCUACUUCUAUGUUUAUUCAUGUGACUCCCAGAGUGAAUUCCAAAGCAAAUUGAAGAAAAGAUAGCCCCUCUGCUCUGUU